AUGGGCAGGAGAAAGAUUGAUAUCAAGUAUCUUGUGAAGAACAACCCGCGGACACAAACAUUCCGCAAGAGAACCGAAGGUUUGUUCAAGAAGGCAAUCGAGCUUCAGGUCUUGUGUGGCGCUAAGGUGGAAGUCACGGUCAUCUAUGACUCUGGUAAGAAGCACUUCUUCUACUCGUCCGAUCCCAGCGCUCCACAAAAACUCCCACCAAAGAUCACGGUGGAGUCAGUGAUUGCCUCGAACAGCAGCAGCAGCGAGGAUAGCUUUGGUGACGAUGAAGUUGACAGGAUGUUUGCAGAAGCUGAAGGCCAAGAUCAAGAUGGGAUGUUCUUCACGGACGAUGCAAGUAGUGGUGGAUUUUUCACGUCCAGUGCUGAAGUUCUUCCUGAUCACUUCCAGCUCUUAAACCUGGGCGAUCACGCGAAUGGUCACUUAGGCAAUUAUGUAAAUGGUCACGCAGGGAAUCACCACAAUGAUCAUGGUCACUUGGACGAUCACCCGAAUGGUCAGCUAGAUUCGAUGUUUCCUCCCAGGAAUGACCACCAGCAAAUCUUCCAUGGUUUGUAUAGCCACCGUGUACAUGGAGAUGGAAAUGGGUAUAGCAAUGGAGAUGAAAAUGGAGGUGGAAGUUUGUAUAGCAAUGGAGGCUUUGUUGCGCAACAAAACGAUACUAACAACAUGCAAAUGGACAGCGAUUUUGACACAGCAGUGUUCCUCAACCAGUCUUAG